UCCCACGAUGGGCUUCAGCGUGGGAGAAAUUCAUGAAGAGGAUGCGGAGAAGGAGAAGGGUGCAGGGGCGAACGCUACUCGCCGAAGGAGGAGGAGCUCUGUGCUGUCCAAGAAGGGCACUGUCUCGUCCAGGCCAGGGUCCUCAGCAUCCAAUGGCGAGGAGGAAUCGCCGAAGCUAGGCAUGCUGGCUGCGGCUUCCUCCGUUGGUGGGGAGGGGCUCAACACCUUCACGUACCACGACGACAGGUACGAUGGAGAGAGGCAGGAAGCCGUCAUCCAGAAGUUGAGCGAGCAGGUUCAGCAGCUGAGCGACCUGAAGGAAGAAUUCCCGGACGACCCCGUCUUUAUCCCUCCCACAGAGCAAAGCCUGUCCAAGUACGAGAUCCUGUCGAACAGGAGCAGAGAUCUGUCAAUGUGGUGCUUCCGCGAAGAAGUUCCGCAAGAUCUCAUGUUUCAGAAGGACGAUCUUGGAAACAUCCUGUACAGAUACGACGGUGAGUACCUCCAGGACAAGGAUGGGACCAAAUACCACCACGGGCACGCGACUGUUCGAUUCAGGAACGGAAUUCAGUUCGUGGGCAGGUUCCACAUGGGGCAUCCAGAGGGGAAGGCCACAAUCUCGUUCCCCUCCUCCAGCACGUACGAGGGGGUGGUCGUGCAAGGCAGUGCGCAUGGGGAAGGGAAGUUCGUGUGGUCCGCUCCUGCCGAUUGGCCUCCGGACAAGAAAUUCCGCAAGGAGUACUCCGGCUGGUUCGAUCGCGGAUCGCUGACGAGCAAGGGGAAGAAAUCGCUUUACGUCCUCAACAAGGACAUCUACCAGGGGGAGUUUGAAGACGGCCGUGCGCACGGGAAAGGAACAUUCCUGUGGGAGGAUGGGCGAUACUUCAUCGGGGAGUUCGUCAACGGCAAGGUGUAUCCCGACGGGAAGGAGCAGCAAGGUCGGUUCGAGCCUUGCACAGCAUACUGGUAG